CUGGGAUGGGAGCAGCUCCUCGCUCCUAGAAUGGAGCAACUUGUUGCCCCUAGCACCCGCCACCCUGGGAAGUGCCUACAAGAAAACAGAGAGUCUCUCUGCACUUUCUUUUCCAGAGAGCAACUGAUAGCAGCUUCAGUUAAUCGCCUAUCUGAUGUACCUUUAGCCCUAGCUGUCAGUGUCUGGGAGGAGGGGAGUAUUUCCCAGUCCACAAGGUCAUGCCUGCUGCAGAGACGGCAGGGCACUACUCUGAAGGCGCCCGGAAAGCUCAGAAGCAAAGAGAGAAGGCUCCCCACGACUCUCCAGGAGCCCAUCACCAAAGCAGCACAGGGCACAAGGUCCUGUGCAGCCAAGAUGAAGAAAGCCCCCGAGAACAUCUCUCUGGAAGGUGCCAGCUGGAACCAAGAUACGUGCACGAGCUCAUCGGCCCAGGACAGUAUUUUUUGUUCUGAAGAAGAUAACAGUCUGUAUUUCACAUACAGCGGAAAAUCAAAUGUUCUUGAGGUCAAAGAACUCAACUACCAGAUUAACCUGGCAUCCCAGAUUCCCUGGUAUGAGAAACUCACGCAGAUGCAACUGCUAUUGCCCUGGAACUCAGGUCCCGAUUCUCAUGUGUCAAUAAUCCAGAACCUGAAUUUAAAAGUUCACAGCGGUCAGAUGCUAGCUAUUAUAGGAAGCACUGCUGGCGGAAAGACCUCCUUGCUUGAUGUGAUAACCUCCCGGGGUCAUGGAGGCAAAAUCAAGUCUGGUCAAAUCACGAUCAACAACAAACCCAGCACUCCCCAGCUUGUCAAGAAAUGCAUUGCACACGUGAGGCAGGAUGACCGACUGCUCCCCCACCUGACUGUCAGGGAAACGUUACUGUUCAUCGCUAAGCUGCGCCUUCCAGCGUGUUUUUCAGACUCACAAAGGCAAAAAAGGGUGGAAGAUGUAAUAGCAGAGCUGCGGUUGCGGCAGUGCGCAAACACGAGGGUAGGGAAUGAGUACCUCCGUGGCAUUUCAGGAGGCGAGAGGAGGAGGGUGAACAUCGGUGUGCAGCUGCUCUGGAACCCAGGAAUACUGAUACUUGAUGAACCCACAUCUGGACUGGACAGUUUUACAGCACAUAACCUUGUGAUAACAUUAUCCAGACUGGCCAGAGGAAACAGAUUAGUUCUUCUUUCACUUCAUCAGCCUCGGUCAGAUAUUUUCCAACUGUUUGAUUUAGUUCUUCUGAUGACUUCUGGAGUCACCAUCUAUUCUGGAACAGCUAGAGACAUGGUCCAGUACUUCACAGAACUAGGCUACCCCUGCCCAAGGUACAGCAAUCCUGCAGAUUUCUAUGUUGACCUGACCAGCAUCGAUAAACACACUACAGAAAAGGAGAUGGAAAGCCUAAAAAGAGCAAAUACUCUUGCCAGCUUGUUCCAAGAAAAAAUCAAAGAUUUUGAUGAUUUCUUAUGGAAAGCAAGUGAAGGCGACAGUGUUGUGACCACUACCAGCAAGCAAAGCUCUCAUUUAAAACCAGAAGAAGUUAUCAACAUGCCAUACCAUUCAAGUGAUCAGUUACCAGGAGUCUUGAAACAGUUCACUGUAUUAUUAAGUCGUCAAGUCUCCAAUGACUUCAGAGAUCUUUCAACAUUACUAGUCCAUGGAUUUGAGGCCCUUGUCAUGUCAUUAUUAAUUGGAUUUCUGUACUAUGGACAUGAAAGCAGACUCUCCAUUCGUGACACAUCAGCACUGCUGUACAUGAUAGGUGCACUAAUCCCAUUCACGGUGAUUUUGGAUGUUAUUGCCAAAUGUCAUUCCGAAAGAGCAAUGCUUUAUCACGACUUGGAAAACGGAAUGUAUUCUGUGACCCCAUACUUCUUUGCUAAGAUUUUUGGGGAGCUCCCCGAGCACUGCGCUUUCGUUAUAAUUUAUGGGGUUCCCAUCUACUGGCUGACAAAUCUAUUUCCUGAAGCAGAACAUUUUUUGCUGAACUUCUUCUCGGUGUGGCUGGCUGUAUAUUGUGCCCGUGCAAUGGCACUUUGGGUGGCAGCGCUGCUGCCAACGUUACAGCUCUCAGCUUUCUUUGGCAAUGUCCUUUUCACUUCGUUCUACCUGAGUGGUGGUUUUGUGAUAAGCCUGGAACAGCUCUGGACAGUUCCAUAUUGGGUUUCUAAGAUAUCUUUUCUCAGAUGGAAUUUCCAAGGCAUGAUGCAAAUUCAGUUCACUGAUUCCAUAUAUGAUAUGACUUUUGGGAACAUUACAAUUAAAAUUCCAGGAAAACUUGUAACCACAGCUCUGGGCCUGGAUUCAGAGCCUCUGUACAUAAGCUACAUCAUAGUCGGUGGCAAUAUCUUCUGUUUCCUGCUUUUAUACUAUCUAUCAUUAAGGUUCAUCAAGCAGAAAUCAAACCAAGACUGGUAAUAUCAAAGCCUGCAGCUGGGGCAGCAGGUUACAGCGUCCCUUGCAAGAGAACAUGGGAAGCCCAUAAGCUUAUUUUUGGUGAGCAUUGCUGAAGUGCUGGAAGAGCAGGCAGUGGCUGAGCAGUGCUGCAUGAAGCGAGUCCAGUUCGCCACAGGAUGGCAGCAGAAGACCAGGAGUUGGAAGCCAGGUUGUUCUCUAAUCAGACCAGUUGCAAUAAAAUUGACUUUUUGUUUGUUUGUUUGUUUGUUUUAAUUUAUUUCUUGGACAUUCAGGUGACACCUAUAUAAGUUAACUACUACUUGAAAU